UUUUUGAGCUUAGAGAAUAAUCUUUUGGUAAGAGUGUUGUACUUAUUCCUUCUGAAUAUAUACCCCAUUACAGGAAUAAUUGUUCAUAAAUUUGUUAUUUAGGAUUCCAUUAAAUUUCUGUGGUGAAGGAUAAUCAUUUUUAGGUUAACUGAGCUACAGAAUUUUGGUGAAAGUUAUCCAUCGUUGAAAAUUUUGACCCAAGGCACCAAGAGUGAAAGUUAAUUUCUCUAUUUAGUCAUUGUAAUUACUAGCCAUUGUUAUUACCAGUCAUUACUAAGCAACUGAAACCUCAAUUGAAAUAAGUUAUAAUUGUCGAAGUAUAAGCAUCUACAUUAAUUUUCUAGUAAUUAUUUCUUCUUUUGGACAGGUCUUUAAUCAAGGACAUAUACUUUGUAUGUGUGUGUGUACAUUUAUAAAAGCCAAUAUGGAUACAUCCAUUCACUGCGGUACAUUUUAAAAUAAAAUAUUCUAGCAGUGAGUAUGGAUUAAGGUGUUUUGGGUUUUGGCAUUUUAUUGAGGACUUCCUGGUUGGUAUACCUAAGAAUUUUUUAGGCUAAAUAUCUAAAAUUGUUUCUUGCCCCUCCCACAAAGCUUCAAACCUAAUCUGAUGGAACCAAGAGAACCCAGUUGUAACUUCACUGACAAUUCAUCAUGUUCAUAUGUGUUUAUAAACAAAUUGAGGAGUAAACAUUUUUUAAGUUACUAACCACAGCAUUUUCAAGGCUGCUUGUAAACUGCUAACCUUAAACAUUUACAUCACUCCAACCUGGAACCAGCCUGUCAUUCACUGUUCCUUACAAGCCUAUCUGAACAGUAGAUCUGAUGAAAGAGAGUCAGUUUAUUGCAUUAAGAUAAUUUCAUUAGAUUGUGAAAUAUAUUCUUGAGAGCAGUUUAUAACAAAAUAAUAAAAAGAACCAUCCCUAUACUUUUCAGCCAGUUUAAGAAAUGUUACCACCACCUUUGAAAAGCCCCAUGGGUUACCUAAUUUGCUACAUACGGGAUCAUUGUUCGUGACUAUUUUAAUUGUUUAAUACCCAUCAUUACUAGUAUCUAUGUUCCUGGCGGACUACUAAUUUAAUCUCCAGGUAAUUUUGUUUAAACGAUAUGUAGCGGGAAUUUAAAAUAAGCGAGCUGUUCAUGUUUCUCUUAAGCGUCCUGGAUAGCGGCCUCUAGACACUCCUAGUGGAGUUAACGGGACGGAGGGCGGCAAGAUACCCGACUUCACUUUUCAGGCUUGUGAUGACUGGCUGGGAGAGGCGGGGAAACCUCUGGAACGCUCUGGACGCUGGCUUCCGAAGUGUUCUUCCGAUGGGAGACUCGAGGGUCGGGCGGCUCUAGGAUGAUGUGGGAGUGGUGACACGCUAGGAACUGGGCUGGCUUGGAAGGCCUUUCGGAGACACUGCGCCCAGCACAAGGGAAUCGGGGCCAUGGUGCGACCUCCGGAGGAGGUGUCGCCUGGGGUGUUUUUCCUACUCGGAAGAGCAGUCCCGCGGGUCUCUCCCAACUCCCGCGGCUGGGCCUCUCCACCUCCCUGGGUCAACGCUUCCCCUAGCUCCCUCCGCUAUCUCCCCUUCCCCGCCCCGGGAUCGGCGAGUCCGCUGCGCCGCAGACCCCCCUAGCGGGGGUCAGAUGCCCCGCGGCACCCCGCGCGCCGGGGGACUGGCCUCGGCCGCGCAGUGACCGCGGGUGUUGUCUACGCCGCGUGGACCUACGUCUCCACCCUGCGUCCGUCACGGGGGCCACACCUGCCGGGACCCAAGACCCAGGCUCCAGCGCGCGGGCGCGCGGAAGGAGGGAAGGAAAUUAGGGCGGUGGGGAUGGAGAAGGGAAGGGUGAUGGAGAAGGGGAAGGUGAAGAAGGGCAAGGAGCCAGAGAAAGAGAAAAUUCGGGAAAAAGGAAAGGAGGAGAAAGAGAAAAAGAAGGAGGUGGAGAAGGAGAAAAUUAAGGGAAAAGAAAAGGGAAAGGAGGAGAAAAGUAACUGUAAAGAGGAAAAGAGGAAGGAGCGGGAGACCGAGAAAGAGAAGGAACAACUUAAGGGAAAAGAAGAGAAAGAGAAGGACAACAGCGCCUUGACGAAGCCCCCGCUGGAGCCGCCGGAGAAAAAUAAGCAGAUCCUUGUGUUGGGCCUGGAUGGAGCAGGAAAGACCAGUGUUCUGCACUCUCUAGCUUUAAACAGAGUCCAGCACAGCGUGGCACCCACCCAAGGUUUCAAUGCAGUGUGCAUCAGCACUGAAGAUAGCCAGAUGGAGUUUCUGGAGAUUGGUGGCAGUGAACCUUUCCGUUCCUAUUGGGAAAUGUACCUAUCCAGAGGAUUGCUGCUGAUCUUUGUGGUGGAUUCAGCUGAUCACAACAGAUUACCUGAAGCCAAGAAACACCUUCAUCAAUUAAUCGGAACAAACCCAAUCCUUCCUCUGGUUGUGUUUGCAAACAAACAGCAGACAUAUCUAGAAAGAUGUUGCUAUGACCAAUUUCAGAGAAAUUACUGCCUGUGUCUCUUCUAGGAUUUUUAUGGUUUCAGGUCUCACAUGAUCUUGAAGCAGCCUAUCGUAUUACCGAUAUCCAUGAAGCUUUGGCAUUGUCUGAGGUGGGAAACGACAGGAAGAUGUUCUUGUUUGGGACCCAAGUGACUGAGAACGGCUCAGAAAUACCCUCCG